CUUCCCUUUAAAUAUCAAUAGACAGCAGCGUUGUCUCUGGUUUGAAAAGCAGGUGUAGGAUCGCAGGAGCUUGUGGACAGGAGCCUUGCACUCUCUCUGAACCUGGCAGAAUUUCACUCACUAUUAUUAAAUUUAAGUAUUAUUUUACUUACUAUAAUUUGUCAUGGCUGAGUCUGGUUUCCCUUUACCACCAGAUGAUUUCUGUCUGCUGUGUGUGGACACACUGAGAGACCCAGUCACCAUCCCCUGCGGUGACACCUACUGCCUGGAGUGCAUCAAGGUCUACUGGGACCAGUUUGACCACAUGGGUGUGUACAGCUGCCCGCAAUGCCGCGCAACUUUCACCCCACGGCCUGUGCUGAGACGUAACCUGCCAGACGUAAACCACGAGCCACGGCGCCAGCUUCCGGAGCUCACUCCUUUCCCCUACAUGCAUCGGGAAUCCUUCUGCGACUUCUGCGUCGGCCGUCGCAACAAGGCCGUCAAGUCGUGCCUCAUGUGCUUGGCUUACUACUGUGAAAUGCACGUCAAGCCUCAUUAUGAGUCAUCUACCUUCAAGAGACACAAGUUGGUGGAUGAGACGGGUCACCUGGACAGGAAGAUCUGCCCCCAGCAUGAGAAAGGCCUGGAGCUGUUCUGUCGCUCUGACCAGAUGUGUAUCUGUGUGUUGUGUACUGUCAGAGAGCACCGCAGCCACAACAUCACCUCAGCAGAAGAAGAGCGCGUCGAGAAACAAAAAGUCCUGGUGGUCACCCAGUCUGAAGUGCAGUACAUCAUCCAGGAGAGGAUGAAGGAGCUGCAGGAGCUCAAGCACAAUGUGGAUGUUCUCAAAGUAAGAACAGACAUAGCCUCAUCAAACAUCAAUAGUGCUGCCCAGCGAGCACAGGCAGAAAGUGAUAAGACCUUCCACGAAAUGCUCCAGGCGGUGGAGCGCUGGAAGGCUGAAAUCAACCAGAUGAUAACGGCCAACAUGCAGGCAGCGAUGUCGCAGGCUGAGGGCUACGUGGAGCGUCUGGAGCAGGAGAUACUGGAGCUACAGCGCAGAGAUGCAGAGCUACGGCAGAUCCUCGAGACAGAGGACAACAUCCACUUUCUGCAGAAUUUUCCAACCCUGUGUGUUCCUCCCGAGGCCAUGGUGCCCAAAGUGCUCAUCAACCCUCAGUUCUCCUUUGGAGAGAUGAGCAAGACUGCCACAGAGAUGAAGGAACAUCUAGAUGACAUCUGUAAGAAAGAACUGAGCAAAAUCUCCAAGACAGUCAGUGAAACCCCCGUGUACAUACUUCUGCCAAGAAAUGGAGACAAACGACUGAAAGUUCCUUCCAGAGUGGAUUUUCAGGAGCCAAAAAUAAGAACGGACUUCUUGAGAUAUUCCUGUAAGAUGUCCUUCGAUCCAAACACAGUCUAUAAAGAGCUGGUUCUGUCGGACGGGAACCAGAAGGUCACGCGGAAGAAAACAGUCCAGUUUUACCAAGAUCACCCAGAACGCUUUGAUGGCUUCUCCCAGGUGCUGUGCAAGGAGCCUCUUACUGGUUUCAGAUUUUACUGGGAGGCGGAGUGGGGCGGGGAGUUUUCCAUCGGGGUGGCCUACAAGAGCAUCAGUCGCAAGGGGAAGAAUUCACACAGUCUGCUGGGCUACAACGACAAGUCUUGGAGUCUCCUCUGCUCAGAGUCAGGUUACUCUGUCUGGCACAACAAAACAGACCGAGAGCUUCCUGAUGCUCCACGGGCUACAAGAAUUGGUGUGUACCUGGACUAUGCAGGCAACACUGUGGCCUUUUACUCAGUUUCAGAGACUAUGGAGCUUAUCCACAGUUUCAAAGCUCAGUUCAGUGAGCCUUUGUAUGCUGGUUUUGGUGUGGGCUCCUCAGUUACCCUGUGCCAGCUGAAGCACAGUCCCAGACCUUACUGAGAUUUAAAACACUGAGGAGCUGUAGAAGUCCAAGUACUAAAUAUUGACUGUGAAGUACAAUUUAUUGUCUGUAAAAAAUUAAUUUUAAACCCUCUAUUGUACUGAUUAUUUUAUUGUUAUGACCAUACCCGUAUGUUCCUGUAAUAUGUUGAUAAUGUCUCUUAAUGUAAUUUCAAGGCCAUUAUUUUAGAUCAAUGCCAAUGUGUUUAUUUCAUGCAAUAUUAUGCAUAUAUUGAUGUAAUCCUGCCACUGCCAGUGAUAAUCUAAUAAUUAUCUGUAGAUAAAUAGCAAGUACGUUUGUUCGUAUGUACAGUUAUGUUACUUUUUUUUUGAAUGUGUGUCCUGCAGCGCUGCCCACUUCUGCCUUAACAGCCUCCAGCUUUUGAAAGAACUCAGGCUCACAUAAUCAAUAUUAUCUUUCAUAUUACAUUUCAAAUGUAAUUAAUUGUCUUCCAUGCUAUUGUAAUGACUCUAAACUGCAGCGAUGCUUUACAUGUGCUAACUAGCAAUUACUAUGCACUUUCAGUUCCUGAUCUCCUUGCAGUUGUUGAAUAGAUUGUGCUUAGUACUUACACCAAGGUCUCCUUCUGCACUGAAGCUUUAGUGAUGUCUCUCACUUGUAAGUCGCUUUGGAUAAAAGCAUCUGCCAAAUGAGUAAAAAGUGCAUUACUGCAACCCUAAGUGUAGAAUAAAUGAAACACUGUAGAUUAAAAAAAAAAAAAAACGGCUAACAUGUUUUUUAUAGCAACAAUCCUCACAUAAAAUAUGAAUAUGGACUAUAAGUAUAUAAUGAGAUUGGAGACACAUUUUAUAUGUAUGAAGCUCUCUAUUCUAUUCUCCCUUCUACUUUAUUUUCUGCAUCCAAAAUAUAGAUUGUAAGUAAGUAAGUGUAAGUUGAGCUGCUGUUUUAUUAUAAACCACAAUUUAAGCAAUCAACAGUUAAUCCACAAACAAGUUAAAGCAUACAGUGCAUCAUGCUGUGAGCAGUAUUCCUAAAAUAACGAGAAUAUACAUAUUUUCUUGGGAAAUAAACUUGAGUUUACUUCAGACACAGAUAAGGGUAGGUAGAAGGCUAAAUGCUCAUGAGACAAGCACAAUGAAUACUUAAUACCCAAAUACAACAUUUAGGCAAAAAGAAGUAUUGCAGAAAAUAUUUGACUAUUGGUCUUAACUUAAAACUUAACUUAAAAACUCAAAGCUCAAGACUUAUAUCAGGGAAAAAUAAUAUUUAACAUAAAACUAAAAAAUAUCUCAGGUAACACUAGGUAUGAGGAAAAUAUGAUUUUGUCAAAGUGAGUUGAACUGACAGUAACUUGCUGAGGCUGUCAUCUCUCCCAGCAGACGGGGUAAAAGGCGGGGCACAGAUUGGAAACAUGUUUCCAAGGUGUUGAGCCUUAACUCACUUUAAUAUUCAUUAAAAAUUUCCAUUUUGCAUCCUGUUUAGUGAUUGUUUUGAGAGUGUAUUUGAUUAUGUCAACAGUAAAAAAAAAACAAUAACACCAUGCAAGGAUAUUUCCAUGUCAGUUCCAAUCGUCACUUCACUGCUGCCCGACCAGAACUCCAGACACUGCGAACUUCCGCACCAGGUUUGA